CUUCGUCGACGAAAACUGUAUUGGUACCAACGUUUCGCAUGACAUGUUUGGAUAUUGUUAAAGAAUGUUAUGUGGAAUAGUUGAAUCACUUUAUUUAAUAAGCGGUAUCAUAUUAAGCGAUAUCAUCGUGUUUGUUUUGUAUCACAAACGAAGAUGAAACAUAAACUCAAUUAAUGAAACAAGUGGAUUUACGGACGUAGGCAGAGGGUUGAGAUGAUGACUUUAACCGGUUAAGUUCAAACAAGAUUGACUGACCUAUCGUGCGAACAACGAAUGAAAUUGCCACACAAAAAGCGGACAUGGGAAUAAGUUCUUAAAGGAAAAUGAUGUGCUUGAACUGUUAGAUGGAAGUCUUGAACUUACUUUAAACCAAUAAUUAGCAGAUAGAUAACUAUAUAAGGUGGAUUUAACUUAAAAGUUACCAUGGAAUCAAGGGACAAAUUGAUGUAUGCGAGGUUUUUUAUCCCCUCUUGUAAGACAGAGAGGCAUUAUCAGGAGGAGACGGCACACCUGAUGGACGACGGCACCGGUACUCCCCGCCUCCUCUCCAUGGAGGAGAAAUGGCAGAUCAUCUUCAACGAGAAAACAAGGGCCCCGAUUUAUGCGGUCACUCAAUACAUCGAAUACCUGAACCAGUUCGUGAAUGGUCAGAAUGCUGCGUCACGUGAUAACGAUGACGUCAUCAGAAGGGACAGUAUCAACCCCAUUUCGUACCUACUAAGGAAACUAAAGCUCGAUCUUAAGAUGUCAUAUGAGAGUUUCUUGGAAGAGUUUAUUAAACCGGAAAUGGGCGGCCUUGGGCUGCUGGUCCGCCUACUCAAGUCAAUACAGAACGCGGGCGCCCGCCAGUCCGGCUCCACAAAUAUGGCCCAGCUAAAACACUACAAGAAAACUAUGACGGACGAACAUGACUGCCUUUUGUGCAUCAAAUAUUCAUUAAGGCCGAAGGGUUCCCUGUCGGCUCUGCUGGCGGUGAACUACGGGUUGGAGACGGUUGCCUCCAGUCUGCUGAGUACCUACACCAAGUCACGUGGUACCGCAGUAGAGAUCCUGACGGUUGCCAUGUCGGCAGUGGACGGGUUCUCCAAAGUUCUGGACUGUUUUACUUAUAUUCAGUUGAAAAUUGGCGAACCAGUCAGGUUCAAAUCCCUCGUGAACAUGAUGAACAUGAAUAGUCCACAGAAUGUCAUCUUCAAAGUAUGUGGUCUUAAAUUUGUGAACACGCUGCUGGCGGCCGCUUCCAACACGAACAUCCGGGUAUUUCUGCAGCAUGAGCUCCAGAAUGCGGGCCUAGAUGUCCCCGAUAUGUUACAGAACACCUCCGGGACGGGCCUCGAAUAUGACGAUCUCCGUCACGAGCUUGAGGAGUGGCAGCGGACGUUCGUGGACGUGGACGCCCUCAUCCACCAGGGGCCGCCCCGCGUGUUUCCAGAUAUAGCCAACAUUAACCCGAAACUGGUUGACGAUCUUCAAAAUCAAGUCAAGUCCUUGACGGAGGAGAAAUCUCUACUGGAGCGGAAGUUGCGUGCGGUGAGCGGCGAACUGAAGCGUCGGCACGAGGAGCUCCGGCGGCGCUCCAUGUCCGGAUGUGACGCCUUUACGCAGACGUACGGUCCCCAAGAGGCAGACAGGGAAAGUAUAGGAUGCCAGUGUGGAUCAAACAUAUCUUCCAGUAGCGAGGACAAGCGGAAAACCACCGCCAAAUACUUCGGUUGGAAGGAUGUGUACAUAAGCCAAAAUGAGGACACAACAUACUAUCCGUCUAAGCAGCGCAGCGGUGCCGACGGCAGAGGUGAGGAAAAAGAUGCCGACGAAGCCGACGACGCCGACGACGAUAUUCCGCCAACGCCAGACGAACAGGGACUCGUUAAAGUUAAACAGUGGCUGAAAUGCCAUUGUAGUUCGUCGGAAAUCUUGGACGGACACAGGGACAUGAAUGGUGAAAGUGAAGAUCAAGGUCAUUCGAAUGGACUAUAUUUUAAACGCAAUAGUUUCACCAGAAAGAACGUGAAAAAGGCAGACUUUCCUGGAAACUGGAAAAUUAUUCCUAAGUCAAUUGAACAGUUUCCUGCAAGAUUUUCAUCGAACAAGUGUCACAAAUCGAAUUGUGAUAGGUGUGAAAUGAAAAUUCCUUCGAAAAAUAUUAAUAACCUUGAUCAAGGUCAGCCAGAAGUUGUGAUUCAUCAAGCGUCUGUUGAACUAAGACUUCAAGAGCUCGUGACCAACAAAAAACGGAGCGACGUGCGAUCGCAGAGCUCCGACAGUGCCAUAGGAGGCUCCGGAGAGCGGCUGUGGAAUGACCGACAAAUAACGCUACUUCCGCCGGAAACUAGCGAAGCGGAAAUUCUCCAAGAGCUCAUACAACCGGACGACUCGGCCAGUGGAGUCCCGGAAAACGAACCUUACCCGGAUUAUUCGACGGUACCAAAUAGUCCGCGAAAUCAGGAAAGUUUUAUGACUGAACUAUCAAGUGUUCUGCGAGAGUUUGAGGGAAACUUGACAAGAUAUGAGUUGCCUGCUACUGUAGUUAAAAACGUUACUAGUCCACAAACAUCGGUAGAAACGUACGUGACACUUGGUGAUGUAUAGUGAAAAUAGAAAUUGGUAUUGAAAGCGUUUAAAAUCACUCUGACGUCGUUUCAUGACGUUAAGUUGCCGUACAGCCUGUAACGUGGCGUUGUCUGAAUUAUUAGUUUUAUACUAAUAUUUUUUGCUCGAUUGUGAAGAAAGCUAAUAAAAUCUCGAUCGAUUCUGGUUCCUGGGUAGAAACCAGAUGCCAGUUGUUUAAAACUUGGAUAGGUUGUCCACAGGUUAUCUUUUGGCUAGCUGACUCAUUGAAACGAUUUGAUUGUUUAGUAGUUAUUAUUGGGUAAAUAUUGACCAAUCAGUAAGCAUUUUGGAUAACUUUGACCUAUUCAAAACCUAAGCCUUGUUUUAUACAGUUGGCUGCAGUACUAGCAUCCAUUUUGAGAAGCGGUGAGAAAGUUUUCCUGGUGGGGAUCGAACCCUAAGUCUGUUGGGUAAGAGGCGGACACCUGUGUCACUGCACUGCUCUCACCCUUCUGUCUUAAUUGGCGAGAAUUUGAUUUUAAUCUGGUAAACAUACACAGUUGUUUAGCACGUAUAGAUGUAUAACAUUAAUAAAAUAUAGUAUAUCAUUAUUACUUUGUUGAUAUAUGUUAAAUGGUAAUACACACAAAGGCAAUAAACACAUAUUUCUGUUA